UGCAACAUCGCGAACCUCACCCGACGACCGACGACACUACUAACCGCCACCAUGCCCAAGGAAGUGAAGCAGCGCUCCGGCCUCAUCGUUGGCCUCAAUGCCGGCCACAAGGUCACCCCGAGGCAGCCUGCCCCCAAGAUUUCCCGGAGGAAGGGUUUCCUGUCAAAACGGACGGCUUUCGUGAGGGAGAUCACUCGUGAGGUCGCUGGUCUCGCUCCCUAUGAGAAGCGCGUCAUUGAAUUGCUCCGCAACUCCAAGGACAAGCGUGCCCGUCGUCUGGCAAAGAAGAGACUCGGUACCUUCGGCCGUGCCAAGAGGAAGGUCGACGAGAUGACCAAGAUCAUCGCCGAGUCGAGGCGUGCGGGUCACUAAGCGUGUAUUUCGAUUUGCAUGGGGUUGAGCGGUCAACUGGGAGCUUUUUCCACUUCUUUCCGGGUGUUAGGUCUCUUCGGCGAGGUGAUACGACUUCGGAAAACUCGAAUACACACCAGGAUGACAUGAUAUCCACUGCAAAGCUUCAAAGAGGCGGAUACAUCACCAUGUCACCUAAAAUCAUGAAUAUGAAGAUCAACUCACUUCGAUGGCCAUGCGUAGAAUGCUGCCGUGCGGAGCAUGACGUCGAUAUGGAUAUAUCCAGGUGCCUCCUUCGGUCCCGAUGUGUUGUUAUGCACCAACUAUGUACCAAGCUUGCCGUUCAAAGUGGCCGUCCAUUCUACCCUGAUCUGUUUCUGUCAGGAAGCGCCAUGAUACGAGUAUUUUGCCC